AUGAGUUUCAUUUACAAUGCUAUGGAUGAAGCCAAAGAGAUGAUUGCCUCCAACUUAGGAGGCAGUGAGGGAAGCUUUAGGGAAAUUUGGAAUAUUAUUGAUGAUAGGUGGGAACUACAGCUUCACCGACACUUGCAUGCCGCUGGCUACUACCUAAACCCUCAGUAUCAAUAUGCAGAGAACAAGUCUACAAACCCUGAAAUAAAGUUGGGAUUAUAUCAUUGCAUGGAUCGUCUAAUAAGUGAUGCAACUGAAAGAUCAAAUGCUGACUUGCAAUUGGUACCUUUUAGGAACAAAGAAGAUUUUUUUGGAUUACAACAAGCAAAAGAUACAAUUGCCAAACGAUCUCCAGUUGAGUGGUGGAUUCAAUUUGGUGAUGGGACUCCAGAAUUACAGCGUUUUGCUGUGAAAGUUUUGGGCUUGACAUGCUCUUCAUCUGGCUGUGAAAGAAAUUGGAGUACCUACAACCAAGUACAUACAAAGAGGAUAAAUCGCUUGUCGACAUUGAGGAUGAACUCACUGGUGUACAUUAUGUAUAAUAGGAGACUCAGAGAUAGAAAUUUGUAG